ACUUCGUUGAACUUUGCGCUGUUGGGCAACCCCGGCACCGGCAAGACGACGGUCGCACGACUCCUCGCCGGCCUGCUUUGCGAGCUGGGGCUGCGCGAGGGCUGUGCAGACGACAUCGAUGAGACGACGGGCGAGGCGCUGGCGCGUGACGGCGUCGACGAGGCAUCGACGCGGCUCGAGGAGGCGUCGGUGCUGCUGGUUGACGACGCGGCCGCGAUUGAGCCCAAAAAGUCCGCCGAAGGCCGCGCCGUCCUCUCGCUGCUGGCCGAUCACGCUGAGCGCUCGCGCGAGAGCCUCUCCAUCCUCCUCACGGGCACCAAGGAGGAGAUCGAGAGCAAGCUCUAUGCGCACGCCCCCGCGCUCCGCUCGCGGUUCAAGGAGGUUGAGUUCGAGGACUUCAGCGAGGCGGACUACCGCGACAUCAUCGCGGACCUCCGCGACAUCUUCGUCGACUCAGUCUCAACUCGGAUGUGGACUCUCGAGCCGGCGGUCGCGGAGGUGGCGGCGAGGCGCGCGGCGCGCGGCCGAGGCACCAAGGGCUUCGGCAACGCGAGGGAGGUGCGCAAGGUGUACGAGGCCGCCUACUCCCGCGCUCUCGAGCGUGGCGUGGCUCUGCGCGAGCUCGAGGAGAAGGUGGGGCUGCGAGAGGUGAAGGAGGCGACCGCCGCUCUCGUGCGACUCGCGGAGGCGAACCACAAGCGAGAGCUGCGCGGCGCACACCCCCUGCGCGUCCCGCUCAACCGUCUCUUCCUCGGCAAUCCUGGGACGGGCAAGACGACGGUGGCGAAAAUCUACGGCCGCGUGCUCAAGGGCACGGGGCACCUGAGUGACGGGGGUGUGGUUCUGGCGGUGGCGUCGGACUUGCUCGGCUCUGCGGUGGGCGAGAGCGAGGAGAAGACGACGCGGCUGCUCGAGGCGGCGAGGGGGAAGGUGCUAGUGAUCGACGAGGCGUACUGUCUGCACGGCUCGUCGUACGGGGAGGCCGCCAUCAACACGCUCGUCUCCUUGGUGCACAACGAGCCCGGAGAGGACGUCGCGGUGCUGCUGCUCGGGUACGAGCCGCAGAUGAAACGGAUGCUCCGCGACGCCAACCCGGGGCUGCAGCGCCGCUUCAGCCUCGAGGCGGCCUUCCGCUUCGCCGACUUUACUGACGCCCAGCUCGAGCUCCUCCUCCACCGCGCAGCCGCGCGCGACGGGCUCCGCCUGCCCCGCGCCGUGCGCAAGGCGGCUCUCGCGAGCCUCUCUCGCGAGCGCGUGCAGCCCAACUUUGGCAACGCCGGCGCGGGGUGCGGCGCACGUGAGCGGCUCGCCUCGAUGCACAAGUGCGAGCACGUGCUGUCGCACCUCGACGCGAUUGAGGCGGUCACGGCGCGGCUUCGCGCCGACGGCAAGCUCGCCCCCGACGCGCCCGCGAUGCACGUUGGCAACUACAUCUUUACGGGCGCGUCGGGGACGGGCAAAUCGACGGUGGCGCGGCUGCUGGCCUCCGAGCUCUUUCGAAUCGGCGUCCUCACGUCGGACGCCUUUGCUUGCGAGUCGGCACUUAACCUGCAGGGCGACUAUGUCGGCCAGACCAAGACAAAGGUCAAUGAGCUGUUCGCGUCGGCUCCGGGCGGCUUCAUCUUCAUUGACGAGGCCUACUCGCUCGGCCAGGGCUACUUUUCGCGCGAGGCGGUCGACCAGCUCACGUACCUCCUCUCGACCGAUGCGCACCGCGGCCGUACCAUCGUCGCGCUGGCUGGCUACCCGGCAGAGAUGCAGCGCAUGCUAGCUGUCGCGAACCCGGGCUUCGCCUCCCGCUUCAAGCAGCGCCUCCAGUUUCCAGACUGGGACGCCGCCGACGUCGAGGCGUACCUGCGGCGGCGCUGCAGCGCCGAGGGGAUCGAGCUUCGCGAUGGCGGCGCCGUCGGCGCCGCGCUCGAGGCGCUGCGCGGCUUUGCGGGCUGGGCGAACGCGCGUGACGCAGAGUCCCUUUACGACGAGCUUUUCUCUGCCCGCGCGGUACGCCUCGGUGGGGCGGGCGAGGAGGACACGCCCGCCUUUGUCGGCGCUGACGCAGACGCGGCGCUCGAGGCGCUCGCACGCGGCCGCGAGAGCGAUAGCGGAAGCGACGACGAGCGGAUCACGGCGGCGCUGCAGGAGGCGUGCGUCUCGCUUGGGUACGACGAGUCUCAGGCGCGGCGGCGCGAGCUGGUCACGAUGCUGUCUGGUGUGCAGCAGGGCGGGCCGUUUGCUGAUGACCUGCUUGGCUGGGUGGUGGAUAAGACGGGCGCCAGCCAGGCGACAGUGAUCCGAGUGCUCAAGCCGCAGGUGGCGACGGUGCUCAAGGCCACGCAGGCGGCGGUCUGCCAGAAUGAGCAGGAGCUCUUCCAGAAGGAUUCGGCGCUGCGCCAGCACCUCCGCGAUCUCGGUCUCUGUGAGGCGGGCUUUGGGUGGCACCGCGAGGGCGCCGGCUUCCGCUGCAACGGCGGGAUCUGCUACAUCCACGAGUCAGAGUUGAGCUCGUGCCCGUCGUGGAACGCGUGA